AGUAUUGCAUUUGAUAUCAAGUCAUUCGUGGCGCGUCUUUUGCACGCAGCGCAUCUCUUAUUUUUUAUUUUUUAAUCGUGUUCGAAACGUGUCAGUGUUGUGUCGUGUUUUUUCGCGGGAAAGCUCAAUAAGUUAAGAUGACGCGGUCGCUAAGCGUAGUGGAGUACUACGCGAACAAGUCCAUAUUCAUCACCGGCGCCACUGGGUUCAUGGGCAAGGUGCUCGUGGAGAAGCUCCUCCGAUGCUGCCCAGACCUGAAGAAGAUCUACCUUCUCAUGAGACCGAAAAAAGGACAUAACAGCAAAGAGAGGCUCGACGAAUUCCUUAAUGUUAAGGUAUUUGACAGAAUACACAAAGAAUGCCCCAAACGUCUGGAGAAGCUACAAGUGAUCCCGGGAGAUAUCCUGGCAGAGGAUCUAGGUAUAUCUGCAUCUGAUAGAGAACUCCUCCACAAUGAAUGCCAGAUAAUCUUCCACUGCGCUGCCUGUGUGAGAUUCGAUAUGUUCAUCCGAGAUGCUGUUAAUAUGAACACAGUCGGCACAAAGAAAGUUCUGGAAUUGGCUGAAGGAGUUAAAAAUCUGGAGGCUUUCAUUCACGUAUCGACCUCCUACUGCCGCUGCGAACUCGACCUCCUGGAAGAGAAACUGUACCCGUCCAAGCACCGCCCGGAGCACAUUAUGCACUGCGCCAGCUGGAUGGACGAUGAACUACUCAAACACAUGCAGCCCAAACUGAUCGACCCGCAGCCAAAUACAUACGCUUACACCAAGUCUCUGACGGAAGAUUUGGUAUCGCAGCACGCUGGGAAGUUCCCCAUAUGCAUUGCACGACCCUCUAUCGUGACCGCGGCACACAAGGAGCCGAUUCCCGGAUGGGUUGACAAUUUAAAUGGACCUACAGGAUUACUUGUUGGGGCUGGUAAAGGUGUAAUUCGCACAAUGCACUGCAACGAUGCCCUGCUAGCUGACGUGGUGCCGGUAGACAUGGCUGUUAACGCGUGUGUUAUUUUAGCGUAUACCACUGGAAUGGACAAACCUAAAGAAGUUCGUAUUUGUAAUAUCACACAAUCUGGAAUAAAUCCUAUAACGUGGGGAGAAGCCUUGGAUAUGGGUCGUCUUCACGUCCAAGAGUACCCAUUCUCUGUUUGCUUAUGGUAUCCCGGCGGCUCUCCUAAAACUUCAUGGGUCCAGCACCAAAUAGCACUGUUCUUCACACAUCUACUCCCCGCGUACUUCGUAGACAUACUGCUGUUCCUCAUGGGCAAAAAGACUUUUAUGGUAAAGAUGCAAAAACGAAUCAACUACGGUCUGGAAGUGCUGCAAUAUUAUACUACCAAGGAAUGGUAUUUUAAAAACGAUAACUUCUUGGCACUUCGAAAUAACAUCUCUAAAGAAGAGAACGAGAUGUUUUACACAGACAUACACGACGUGAAUUGGAGUACGUACAUCAAGAACUACAUAAAAGGUGCUCGCGAGUACUGUUGUAAGGAAGAUCCCUCCACUCUUCCGCAGGCGAGAAGACUGCAAACACAGUUGUACUACCUCGACAAGGCGGUACAGAUCACGGUGGUGAUGCUCUGCGCUUACUUCUUCUUCUACUACAUGAGGAUGUUCUUCUCUGUAGUCCACUAACCCCACUGUUAGAUAUAGCUACUGUUGGACAUUUAGAAAGUAAUGUCAAAAUAAAGAUGUAAUGAAUUGAUGUUACCACCGCUUUGGUUCUGGUGUGUGGAAGUCCAACAGUGGAAGGUUUGGCUAAUUUCAAAUGUAAUUAUGAUGUAGCUAUUGUAGUGUAAGUUAGUUUAAGAGAAUAAAAUCAAGUAGAUAUUGUAAUUUUAAGAGUAUGAUUUUCUCCUGAUGACAAUUAACUGAUGUAAAUAUAAUCGAAAUAGAUGAUGAUAAUUGAUGUACAGUUGAUAUUAUGUUAUAAUAUUAAAUUUUGUAAAAACAUUUACAAAACAAUCUUUGGUCCUAUUCUUGGUAAAUCAUUUGUGGACUUCGGUAGAUUGAAUUGUGAUGUUGUUUAGUAAUCAAAUUCAUGGUGAAUGUAAAUUCACGGUCUUUUACUAAUUAUUUUAAAGACUAACAUUAUGCAUACAUUUUAGAUGAUAAUUCGGUCAUCAUCUAUAUUAACAAUAGCAAGCCGUAACAUAUAAUGAUACAGGAUUUAUAUUACAUAAAUCUUACUUGACAAUGGAACUGUAAUAUUAUAAUAUUACUGAUUUUACUAGUCAAAUGAAUAUUAAUUUCGACAUUCUUUCAUAAAUAACUAGGGAAUCUGUCGGGUUAUGGUUUAGGAUCCAGGAUAGAAUCUUUAAGGUAUUAUUACCGAUUCCCAAAAAGAAUAAUUAUCUCCCUGUUCAUAAUAUACUCCAUAGUAAUAAUAAUAUUCUCUAAGAAUAUCCAAAUAUCAUCUUCUAACAUAACUGCUUCCUAUACUCUGUUCUUUUCUCUAUAAUAAAGUGUACCAGAUUUCGUUGCAUCGCGAACCAUAAUAUGAUGGGUAAAUUGACACUUCAUAAAUUUUAAUAGUUCGCUUAAUUUUUAACCGACUUCCAAAAAAGGAGGAAAUGCUCAAUUCCUGUGUUCAUAUGUCUUUAAAUGACAGCUGUAAUCACUAUAAAACGCCAAUUUAAAGACCAUCUUUAUGCAACACCUGAAUUCUGGUAAAUUAAAAAUGUCGACCUUAUUUCAUACGUAAAACCUACUCGUCCUGUUAGGUUUUUUUUGUUUUCUCUUCUUGGUUUUGUACGCAGCUUUAUUUCUCCACGUGCUAAAGUGAAAUAAAAUCUUUGUCGAUCUCUUUUAUCGUCGAAGUGCGAUUUUUAUUUCAAGGUGGCGCCAUCUUAUUAACCACGGUGAGAUUUUACUUCAAAUGUUAUGUUAAACCAAAGAAUAUGUAUUUGUUUAUUAAUAAAUAUAUAUUUU